GGGGAGCCGGCGGUGAGUGGUGUGGGCCGGGUCUCAGGGGGUGUCCGCGGUGCGGGUCCUGCGGCCGGCCGAGGUGUCGGUGCUGUGCGGGGCGUGCGGGCGGUGGUCUCAGCUCUGGGCCUCCACGAGCUCCGGAGUCCGCGUCGCGGCCAAGGGGUCCCGGAGAAAGGAGGGGCGCCGGCAGCGGCUCCGUGGGCACCUGGCGGCCGGACCGCAGGCCCCGAGGCGCGCCGGCCCGUGGCUGGAGGAGGUCCACUGUCUGUCCCGCUCCGGCAGGGACCCGCCGAGAGCAGUAUCGCGGGGAAGCUGGGGCAGGGCGGUGACUUGUUUCCCUCGUAUUCAUUCCAGUCUGAUGGAGAAACAUCCCAAACGCUCCGGAAGCCGCAUCUGUUCGUUUGCAGAUAUUUUUGGAAACUGAUAGGCUGGAAGUCAAAUGAACAUCCAAAGAAGAGCUUAGGUUCUUCAACCACAUCCUUUGUAAAAGGAACGUGUUGCCACAAUGUCAGUACACACUGCACACAGUAGAAAUAACAGUGAUGGGCUUGGGGUUCCUUCUUCCCCAAAGAGUUCGUCACUGGACGCCCUCAGCCACCGGAGCAGCCUGAAGCUGAAACUGAAGUUGGAGAUGUCGGAAUGUGAAAAUGAUGCUCCCCUGCUGAGCUCCGCAGGUCAAGUCAGAGACAUAAAUAGCACUUACGUUAUUUCUGCCUGUAAAACACCAGGAGCUACGCCAGCUUCCCCUCACCCUGUAGGUACAUGGACCCUUCAGAGAAGAGUUACAAGGAACAAAGAAUCAUCGUGGCUUGGUAGUGAGUUGGGAGACUCAACUGAAAAAAUGAGAGAAACACGUCUUACAUUACAGCGUCGUACUAGAACAGAUUCUGUGGACAAGUGGAAAACAGCUGGGACAGAUUCUGUGGACAAGUGGAAAAUAGCACAGAAUGUAGGAGGUGCAGCAGAAAGUAAUUGUGCCUCACAGGAAACCAGUACAAAUGUAAAAAUUGUAAAUAAGGAUAAAAACUCUUUUGUUGCAUCGUGUGUACCCUUAGAUGAAGACCCGAAAGACAUUGAAAUGAGGGCUGAUGAAAAAUACAAAGAAACGUUUGCUGCUCUCAGUGGGGCAGGUGAGAACGUGGCACUUAAGUCCUUCAGUCAGAGAGCGCCCGUUGGUCCCCAGAGUCGGACCGCCGUGGUUAGGUCAGGACGCCUUGCAGCGAAACCCACUCCGGGCACGCUGGGUGUCCAAGUGUCGGGAACAGGAAACGUACAUCAUCGAAGUACUGGGAAGGAUAGUGCGAAAAACUCAAAUACAUUUGGAAGCUUAGAAAAAAGAACACCUACGAAAUGUAUUGUGGGGCACAAAUUGACCCCAAGGCGUGUGCCUCAGCUUUCAAGCCCAGCGACGUCCAUACUGAAAAACAGGGUGCCCAGCUUUCAAGUUAAACAAAGGCCCGGCAGUUCUCUUCUCACAACGCAAAGGGAACGCUCACAACAACUUACCCUCCCUCCCGAGGAAGAAGCUGCCUCCACAGAGAGAGACCCCGACAGAGUAGAGAACAGUCAGGUGACAGUGGCCGUCCGCGUGAGACCUUUCAGCAAAAGAGAGAAGGUGGAGAACACAUCCCAGGUGGUCUUCAUGGAUGGGGAAGAAAUAGUAGUGAGACAUCCUGACAUGAAACAUGUUUACAGUUUCGUUUAUGAUGUUUUGUUCUGGUCGUUUGAUGAGUGUCAUCCCUACCACGCCAGCCAGACCCGGGUCUACGAGACCCUGGCGGCACCGCUCCUGGCACGAGCCUUCGACGGCUACAACACCUGUCUGUUUGCUUACGGCCAGACCGGCUCUGGAAAAUCCUACACGAUGAUGGGAUUUGGUGAAGAACCGGGAAUAAUUCCGAGAUUUUGUGAAGAUCUUUUUGCUCAAGUAGCCAAAAACCAAACCCAAGAGGUCCACUAUCACCUUGAAAUGAGCUUCUUUGAAGUCUAUAAUGAAAAAAUUCAUGACCUUCUGGUUUGUAAAGGUGAAAACGGGCAGAGAAAGCAACCACUGAGAGUGAGGGAGCAUCCUGUUUCUGGGCCGUUCGUCGAAGCUCUGUCGAUGAAUGUUGUCAGUUCUUACUCUGAUAUCCAGAGCUGGCUGGAGUUGGGGAACAAGCAGAGAGCCACUGCUGCCACUGGCAUGAACGAUAAAAGUUCCCGGUCUCACUCGGUUUUCACCCUGGUGAUGACACAGACCAAGACGGAGUUUGUGGAUGGGGAAGAGCACGACCACAGAAUCACCAGCCGCAUAAACCUCAUUGACCUGGCCGGCAGCGAGCGCAGCGCCUCCGCUCAGACCCACGGGGAGCAGCUGAAGGAAGGCGUGAGCAUUAACAGGUCCUUGCUGACUUUGGGGAAGGUCAUAUCCGCGCUGUCUGAACAAGCAAACCGCAGGAGGGUGUUCAUUCCUUAUCGCGAGUCGGUUCUCACGUGGCUGUUAAAAGAAAGCCUGGGUGGAAACUCAAAAACUGCAAUGAUUGCUACGGUCAGUGCCGCCGCCAGCAGCGUGGAGGAGACGCUGAGCACGCUGCGCUACGCUAAGCAGGCCCGGAAGAUAGUGAACGCCGCCAAAGUCAACGAAGAUGUCAACGCGAAGCUGAUCAGAGAAUUGAAAGCAGAAAUUGAAAAGCUAAAAGCUGCUCAAAGAAGCCGUCAGAAUAUUGACCCUGAAAGAUAUCGGCUCUGUCGACAAGAAAUAACAUCCUUAAGAAUGAAACUGCACCAACAGGAGCGAGACAUGGCGGAAAUGCAAAGAGCAUGGAAAGAAAAAUUUGAACAAGCUGAAAAAAGAAAACUUCAAGAAAUAAAGGAGUUACAGAAAGCAGGCAUCACAUUUCAAACGGACAACCACGUGCCACAUCUUGUGAAUCUCAGUGAAGACCCUCAGCUGUCGGAGAUGCUGCUCUACGGGAUAAAAGAGGGAACGACGACCGUUGGCAAGUGUCACCCAGGCUCCCGCCACGACAUCCAGCUGUCUGGGGUGCUGGUGGCUGACGACCACUGUACUGUCAGAAAUUUUGAUGGGACGGUGAGUAUUGUCCCAGUUGGGGAAGCAAAGACAUACGUAAAUGGAAAACAUAUUUUGGAAGCCACAGUAUUACAUCACGGUGACCGGGUGGUUCUCGGUGGAGACCAUUAUUUUAGAUUUCAUCAUCCGGUGGAAGUCCAGAAAGGGAAGAGACCGUCUGGUGGAGAUGCUCUUACGAGCGAGGGUCCAAAGGACUUUGAAUUUGCAAAGAACGAGCUGCUCACGGCACAGAGAUCGCAACUGGAAGCAGAAAUAAAAGAGGCGCAGCUGAGGGCAAAGCAAGAAAUGUUACAUGGCAUCCAGAUUGCGAGAGAAAUGGCUCAGCAGGAGCUCUCUUCUCAGAAAGCUGCGUAUGAAAGCCGGAUAGAAGCGCUGGAAGCAGAGCUGAAAGAAGAGUCUCAAAGGAAGAAAAUGCAGGAAAUUAAUAACCAAAAAGCUAAUCACAGAAUUGAGGAAUUAGAAAAGACAAAGCAGCGUCUUGAACAGGAAAUAUACGUCAACAAGAAGCGCUUAGAAGUGGAGACGUUGGCUGCAAAACAGGCUUUAGAAGACCACAGCAUCCGCCAUACGAGAAUUCUGGAAGCCUUGGAAGCUGAGAAGCAAAAAAUUGCUAAAGAAGUGCAAACACUGCAACAAAGUCAGAGCAAUAGAGAUAAAACUUUUACAAUCCAGACAAAUUGGAGCUCCAUGAAACUCUCAAUGAUGAUUCAGGAAGCCAAUGCCAUCAGCAACAAAUUUAAAAGAUAUUAUGUUUUCGGCAGACACGAAGCGUCCGAUGGGGGAAGUGGCGCUGACACAUGCGUCCGGGUACGAAAUCUGCGGCUGGGCAUCUCCACCUCCUGGAGCCUGGAAAAGUUUGAAUCCAAGCUUGCAGCCAUGAAGGAGCUGUAUGAGAGUAACAGCAGUAACAGGGCUGAGGAUAUCUUCUGCGAUCCUGAUGACGAAUGGGAAGCUGACAUUACCAAUGCACCAGUUUCUUCAUUUUCUAGAAGGAGGAGCAGGAGCUUGGUGAAGAACAGAAGGAUUUCGGGCUGUUUGCGUGACAUCCAAGCUCUCCCAGCUCAGAAUUCGCAUUCUUCAUAUUCAGGGUUCGUGGAGAAAUCAAGCACCAUGUACUCCAAAUGCGCGGAAUCAUUUCUCCCUGGAAUUUGCAGAGAAUUCAUUGGUGCGUCAUUAGCUGUCCUUGGCCAGAGUUACGGUGACGAGAGAACGAUGGCGGACAGCCUGGUGCAUCAUUUCCUUCGCGUGUACCAGGGACUCCUGGCCAUUUCCCAAGCCCACGACGACCAAGAUGAGGACAGUCAGGAUGACCUGUUCUCUUCUGAUCGGGCAGCCCAGGUGGGGGCUGUCCAGGUGGCAUGUGCCUUCGGGCAGCUUGUGGAGCUCACCACGCACUGGCUGAGUGACGUCACACCUGGCACCUGCACAGCUCGGCUUGAAGAGGAGUUGAGACAAGAGGUUAAAAACCUGGGAGGCCACUUACAGUUGUUUUUGCAGGGAUGCUGUUCAGAUAUUUCAUCGAUGGUAAAAGACACUCAAAAGAAAGUCAUCCAAAUGGUGCAACAAGCUGUGAAGUGUGUGGGACAGUUAGCGGUUCUGAAAGGGAGCAAGCUCCAUUUCCUGGGAAACAGACGCCACGACUCGGGCAGUGGCCAGGAGGAUUUCAUGGCUGCCCUUUGGGACGGUGUCGGCUCAGGAGUGAGAGUGCUGUUAGAUUCUGGAAUAGAAAAAGCAGAAGAGCUUCGGCAUGAACUCUUGCGGCAGUGCGCCCGAAACGAGGUUACCCAGCAGAUGAGCUCGAAAGCCAUGGCAUUGAUUGCGUCUCUUGAAAACAUCUUUGCUGAAUGGAGAACAGAAAGUUCCAGAACUCAAGCGCAAGAAGAAAAUUCUGGAUCCCAAGAUUUGAAGAAGGUGGUUGAUCUCGCCCCACAAUUCUUGAAGUUAAAACAUUGCUUAGAGCAGACUAUUCAAAUUAUUAUUUCUGUGCUGAGAGGAUGCCCCCGUGACGGCCUGCUUCUCAGGACCUGUGCGGACCGUCUGUGCAGUGUGGCGGGGGAUUUCUGCAGGGGCGUCGGGGCCUGCGCUCCUGGCCGCUGCGCGGAGAGCUGCCGGGAGCUGGACUCCGUGGCCCAGGCCCUCCUCUUCUGUUUCGAGUCUGAGGAGAGAGCCGAUGCGUGGAAACCCUGGGACAUUUGUCACCAAGGUAGUGGAGAAGGACAGCAGCACCCCAGGUCAGGCAGGACUGACUGCCCCCGGAGGAAAGCUGUGCCCACGCACGUCUGAGCUCCCUUCUCACACCCCACGUGGCUCGGAAAGGCACGCCCGGCCGGACUCUGUGGUGGUGAGCCCCAUGAGAGCGGACAGGUGGGAGGCUCUGCAGGAACCAGCGUGACUGUUCCCAGGACGUCUGAGUGUGCUGGUGGCCUUCCCGUGGCCGGGGGCUGUAAACAGGGUGGGCUGCUGAUUUCGGUUGCCUAGUGUGGCCCCCAGAUGUCCAUCAGCAGUCACUUUGGAACAGCUGCUACCAUGUUGGGACACUCGGGCAAACAGACCGAAACGGGGAGUCCAAAACCACGUGAGCAGUCAUUGCCCUGCUGUCUCAUUGCCUGGAACUUGCAUGCUUGUCUUUAACACUGACGUGCUGUCUGGGUGGUUCACUGGCCUCUGUGUGGAUGGUUAUCCAGGGUCCACAACGGGGGCUGCAUGAGUAUAACUUAAAACCAGGGCGACACUGCCAGUCACACUCAACUCGGGUGGGAUGGGCGGUCAGAGGCUGGCCCUUCUCUUCACCGGCUUGUUUUGUUAAAGGGGUAACGAAAGAGUUUGCACCUGAUUUGAUGAAGAUGAAAGAUCCUUGUUAUAUUUCAUGGGUUAGAAAAACCUUUAUAUCUACGAUCAGCUCAUAAAGAUGAUAUUCUGCUUUUGGGGAUCCUACAGUAAGGAAGUAGUUUGACAUUCUGGACCACAAGCAUCUGUGGAAUUGAAAAAGCCACAGCGGUUCUGCUGGCAGAUACUCGGGGCCUGGAGAACAGUUCUUUCAAACAGCCCGUGCCCUUCUUCUGCCCUUUUCCACGCGCAGAUAGUGCGUGCGCGGUUGGCUGGAUGAGUGGAAACUGGUUUUAGCAUAUGAAUGAGUUUGGGACAGUUUGUGAAUAAACACCACUCGUUGCAGUCCGAACAGCUGAAUGUUCCAUUUCAAUCCUUACUUUCUGCUCUCAUGACUUCACUGGUCAGAAACCGUUUAGUGUCUUUGUAACAUUUUGUGUAUAUUUUAUAUAUAUAUAUAUUUAUACUCUUAAAUAAAUUGUUAUACGGUAUGUGAGUGGUGAAAAUAUCUUGGCUAUUAGAAUCAUGUGCACUAAUAAGAAAUGUUAUAAAAAGAAUGCCUUUCAU